GAUUUAACUCCCUCCAUAAAAAGAUGACUUUCGGAAAAAGUUGUUUCAGUUAGAUAAAGGCAACAGAAAUGGAAACUACUCUGCACAAGCAGAUGCAAUAUCAAGCCUGGGAGAGUAACCUCGAUAUUCAGGUGUUUCGAGAAUACUUGAGAAUACCAUCAGUGCAUCCUGAUGUUUGCUAUGAUGAAUGCGUGGAAUUCCUUCGCCGGCAGGCCGUUUCACUAGAUCUAAAAGCGGAGGUGGUGGAGGUAAAUCCAGGCAAACCGGUCGUUAUCAUUUCCUGGCAGGGUUCCGAUUCGGCCGCCCCGUCAAUUAUGCUGAACUCUCACAUGGACGUUGUACCGGUGUAUCCGGAAAAGUGGACGCAUCCUCCCUUCUCGGCCCAUAUGGAUCAGGAAGGGCGAAUUUACGGUCGUGGUUCGCAGGAUAUGAAAUGUGUUGGUGUGCAAUUUUUGGCCGUGGUUCGGGCUUUGAAACGCGAAGGGGUUAGGCUGAAGAGGACACUUCACUUAACUUUCGUGCCGGAUGAAGAAAUCGGAGGUGAACUUGGGAUGCGGGAUUUCGUACGAACGGAUCGGUUCAAGGAACUCAACUGGGGAUUCGCUAUUGACGAAGGGUAUGCCAUCGAGGAAGACGUUUACCGACUGUUCUACGGCGAACGCUACAUCAGACGGGCUAACUUUUACAUAUCUGGCACCCCGGGUCAUGGCUCUUUGCUAUUGGAAGAUACAGCCGGUGAGAAGGCACGCAAACUAUUGGACAGAAUGAUGGAUUACCGUGAAAUGGAAGAGAAUAAAUUGAAGAACGAUCGAAAGCUAACGAUAGGCGAUAUCACAACGGUGAAUCUAACGAUGAUUUCGGGUGGAAUUCAAGGCAAUGUGGUUCCACCGGAGAUGAUGUUGUGUUUUGAUAUUCGAGUUUCUAAUGAUAUCAGUUUAGAAGCAUUCGACGCUCAAUUGGAAAAGUGGUGCAAAGAAUCUGGCGGAGGCAUUCGUAUUGAACAUGAUGUAAAGAAUCCCGUAACUGCGGUAACCAAGCUGGAUGCUUCGAAUCCUUUCUGGGUAGCAUUCAAAGGUGCUGUAGAUAAAAUGAAUCUGCGGGUACGUCCCCAAAUCAAUCCGGGAGCGACAGACGUGAGAUAUCUGCGUGACUUAGGAAUUCCAGCAAUUGGAUUUUCCCCGAUGAAUAAAACUCCGGUGUUGCUGCAUGAUCAUGACGAAUAUUUGCACGCAGAAACAUUCCUUAAGGGUAUCGACAUUUACAAGGAAAUCGUUUCAGCUGUUGCAAAUGUUUGAACGGUACGAGGCUGUUUUAAACAACACAGCAAUCAACAUAAAAGUACUUCUAUUGUUCUAUUUGGCCGGCGGUAGGAAACGAGUCACUUUUCCAUUUAUUUCGUAUCACUUUUCAUGUACAAUGAAAUAUACAGUAGUUAUAUAUUGUCUAGUUUA